AUGGGCUCAAACACAACCAAGAAAGCGACCAAUGUAGCAGCCGAAAAUGCUAAGGCAUUCAUUGCAGGAGGAAUUGGAGGCGUUUGCGCUGUGCUUGUCGGCCACCCGUUCGAUCUCACGAAAACUAGGCUACAAACUGCACCAACUGGCACAUACACCGGAGCUCUAGACGUCGUGAAAAAGGCAUUAGCUCGCGAUGGAAUCACAGGGAUGUAUCGUGGCAUUGUUCCUCCGCUUCUCGGCGUAACCCCAAUAUUCGCUGUUUCAUUCUGGGCGUACGACGCGUCCAAGCAAUUAAUCUACGCUUUGACGCCCAACCGAAGGAGCGAAGGGUUAUCGACGGCUGAGCUAGCUGCUGCUGGGUUUUUGUCCGCAGUUCCGGCAACCGCGGUCACAGCACCAGUGGAAAGAGCCAAGGUCCUUCUCCAGAUUCAAGGACAAGGAGGAACUGAGCAGAAAUAUAAGGGCGUCUUGGAUGUGAUAAAACAUCUAUACAAAGAAGGUGGUCUGCGAAGUAUCUUUCGUGGUUCGGGAGCCACAUUGAUGAGGGACGGCCCUGGCAGUGCUGCUUACUUCGCAGCUUACGAAGUCACUAAGAAAGCCCUCACGCCUGCAGGUCACUCCCCUUCAGAUUUAAAUUUGAGUGCUAUCGUCCUCGCCGGCGGGAUGGCAGGAGUCGCGAUGUGGACAUUGGCAAUUCCUCCCGAUGUUAUCAAAUCUCGAAUUCAAUCAGCGCCUACAGGGACCUAUUCAGGAAUCAUGGAUUGCGCUAGAAAGACAAUAGCCCAGGACGGUGCCGGAGCAUUGUUUAAGGGACUAGGUCCUGCAAUGGCACGGGCGUUCCCGGCCAAUGCCGCAACUUUUCUCGGUGUAGAGGCAUCAAGAAAACUCUUGAACUCGAUAUUUUAA